GAUUUUGGAACAAAGUACUCAUUCGCAUUGAUCAUAUUCAAAAGAUGCUGCAGGAUCCUAGCAUGAAUUUUCACGAUGCUGCCCUGGAUUUGAAAGCCCAUCCAAGAUCAUGUUGAUGAUGAAAGAGAAGUGUUGGUCAGUGAAUCACUCGAAGAAGGACUCUGUCUCUGUCAAGAAUGGAAUAAUGAAGUUGAAAGACAUCAGAGACGAAAGAAACCAAUGGCUGAUGAGAACUCGAGAGAUGCUGGGUUAACAGCCAAGGAGGAAAUGGAAAGAGUCAUGAAGGGAACAUUCGACUGUCUUCACAGAGAAAUGGACAAAAGAUUUGCUCGCUUGCACGACACUGACGCCAAGUUUGGGUUCCUUCUCGAUGUCGAGGGACUGUGUUACGCUACCGACAGUAAUGACCUAAAGAAGAAGUGCGAAAAUUUGAGCAAAUUGUACAGCUCUGAUGUUGAUGGACAGCAGCUAUAUGAAGAAAUUUUGGAUUGCAUAAUGUUGCUAUCAAGUCAGGCCAACAUGAAAAUAUCAAGACCUGAAGAGCUUCUCGAAUUUAUUGUUCAGUAUGGAGAUGAGAGCAUCUUCCCCAGUCUUCGCAUUGCUAUUCAGAUAAUGCUAACCAUCGCAGUUUCCAUCACCAGCUGUGAGAGAUCAUUCAGUAAGUUAAAACUAAUACUUUCGUAUUUGAGAGCUUCCAUGGGUCAAAGCAGACUCUGUGAUCUUGCUCUGCUGAGUGUAGAAAGAGAAGAAACUGAAAAAACUGACUUUGAGCACAUCAUAGACCAAUUUGCAUCAGUGAAAGCAAGGAAGGUGCAGUUGUAAUUUUCACUUAGUGCCAUAAUUUGUUAAUUAAAAGAUUAAUGAGCUUGACUUGUAUUUUUGAGCUGAUAUUAUGGUAAAGUUAUCUAAAAGAUGGGUGUCAGAUGUUUGCACAGGGGUGCAAUUUCAGUGCUUGCCAUAGGUGCUAUUUUCCAUAGAUACACCCCUGGUUUAUAGAGUAAUGAAAUUUGUUAUUUUAAUUUUUCUUACUAUGUAAAAAUGCUUAGAUUGUAAAUAAAUGUAUUUAUACGAAUCAGCUAUUCAUUCCUUUUUUUUUGCAGCCUGUGCGGCAGCACAACACGAUGCCCGUCCUUAAAGGGUUAAGGUAUGAUUUUUCAAAAUGUUUGGUCCCAAAAGUGUUUUAACUUCCUUUCACAGUAUUUCUAUUACCCUGGUUCACCUGUGGUAUCAAGAGCAGUUUCUUGUGGGAAAGACUUAUGUGAAGUUGAACAUCUGGUUAGUGGUAUUUUUCAUUAGCAAGUUACAUUAUGCCUCAAAUAUAGAAUUUUUUUUCUUUUGUGAUGGGAAUGACCAACAGUCAUGUGGGUAGUACAUGCACCCUGAGAAUAAUGGCAUUAAUGUAAUGUUUUCUCAGCCUGAGACCAUUCUGUUAUUCUUCAGCAAAAUCCUUCAGCACUGCAGAUUUCCAGAAAAGUUGCUGACUCUUACACAAACUCCUUGACUUUUUUGUUUCAUAAAUAAAGAUUCUUUCAUUUUGCUCCACACUGUGUCAUCUCCCUCAUUUCUCAAACUCAAAGUCAGAGAACUCAGAAUUACUGUGUAAGACUGUUUACAUCAAAUCUUUCUGUUAACUCUGUAAAUCAUACCUGAUUAUUCUUAAAGAAAUCAGUAUAUCUGAGAAUAUGAUGUAACAGGUAGGAAGGAGAGAAUCUAGUGCGUGGCCACAGGAUUUGUUUUUUGAGUUUUCUGCUUUUCUCAUGAUGGGUGUAUUUCAAAGUGUUCUUCUUAACUCUUGAGUUAUUACGAUUACAAAAGGCUUGAAGAAAUAGCAUGUUUCAAGAGUCUAAAGACAUAACUAAGAAAAGUUGGGUCUAGAAGAAGUCCUCUACUGAGCAUCAGACUUUUCUCAAUGCUGCAAAGAUUUAUGACUCAUGAAGAAAAACUUCCAGAAUGGUUGAGUUUUUUUGCUGAGGAUCAAUCUCGGUACAUGGGAGACACAGAUGACUGAAGAUCAUUGCAUUAAUUUGUGGUCUAGUGAGUCUAAGAUUUAAUGGGAUGAUGUCUACAGGACUACAUGGUCUUUGCCAAUCAGAGUAGCUCACCCCAGCUCUGGUCAAGGCCAUCCAAGACUAGCUAAAAAAAAGACUGGAAAUGCAACAGAUGAGACAGUGGGUAUCAACUGAUGAAGUUGGUGAUCCAUGGGAUAAUCAUGAGCUUUUCUGUGAUGGGAAAUAUACUGCCAAAACAACCAUGGGUUACAGAGAAAUCUAAGAUAGCAAAGAGUGAAUGUACAAGCAGCCAAUGAUAACCAAUCAUUUUGCCACCCAAAGGCAGGAACCUAAUCCUUUCCAAUUGCUGGGGUUUUUGAGCAUGCCCUCUCCAAUAUAUCCCCGGUGUUUAAGGGUCUUAGGCUGGUGUUAGCCAAGAAUCUGUGAAUGAGAGGUUUAUGUCACAGGUCCCUAUGACCAAAGUUAAAGAAAUCUCUACCUAGUGUUUGAGAGUGCAGCUAAAGGGAAGCUGGACCAAUUCCUCAGGUGUUUCAAGCAGGUCAAUGUUUGGAAUGGCUAGAUUAAAGAACAGAUAAGUGGUCCAGCCCUCAAUCC